AGGUGAAUUUAUCGUUCCUUUUAAAAUUUCAAAUGUAUUGUAGAUUCUAAGGAUUCUUAACAUUCGUAAAGAAAGAAUAGAAAAUUGCUCGUAGAUUGUUACCUUAGAGAUGGAGGACUUCAUCAAAAGGAUGAACAUCUUUGAGAGAACGAUCCUGCAGAGAUACGUCGACAAAUGCGCCAUGUUUCAUCUUGCGAUGACGUUUAGUUAUUACACGAUCUGUGUGGCCUUCAUCCUGGGACCGACGAUAUUACCACGUCCAUUUCCAACAUUCGCCGAAUAUCCGUUCAAAGUAGAAUCGCAUCCCAUCCACGAGAUCAUUUAUUUUCAGCAAGCAUUCGUUGGCAUCCAAGCUGCCGUAGGUGUGACUAUCGACUGUCAGGUUGCUUUUUUACUUUGGUACACAGGAGCUAGAUUCGAAAUAUUAGCGAUUAAAUUGAUUAAUAUCGUUAAUGAGGACGAAUUAAAAGCUUGCAUUAAAUUACAUGACGAUUUACUAAGUUAUCCAUUGUCGAAAUUACUUUGCAGAUAUGGAAAGAACGUUGUCAAAGCAGUACGUUUUAUAAUACUCACGAGUAUUGGUGUUUCAUCGGUAUGCAUAGUAUUUGGGGGAGUUGAAUUUCUAUUCGUUGGUAUUUCGUUUCGUCGAAUUAUCGAAACCAAUUAUUGUUUAUUCGUUAAUGCAUUGUAUUUAACGACAGGCAGAUUCGAUAACACUGAAAUUACAAUUUGUCUCGUUGAUGACCGGAUCGAUCUUCGAAUUGUUUUUAUGCUGUCGACCAGCCGACAAUCUGAUGGAAAUGGUAAAAGUUCUGCUGUCGGAUCAGCAGCAUAUCGGUCUAAUUGGAUCAAUAAGUCUGCAAAGAUGAAAAGCAGUAUAUAUUUUUUGAUACAGAGGUCUCAAAAACCUGUAACUAUUUCGGUCGAUGGUAUCAUACCUCCGUUAUCCUUGCAGUAUUAUCUAUCGUUUCUAAGUGCAUCCUUCCGAUACUUUACGACUCUCCGAGCAUUUCUUAUAGAAUAACAUGUAA